AUGGAAUUCGUAACGAAUUCGCUCCUGUUCAGCAGCGCUCUCGAAGUGUUUCUUCAAACUCUUGUAAUAACGCACCUUUCUGGACACUACAGUGUUUGUUUAGUGCGGGGCGCUCAGGAUGAUGUCCGGGUGCAGUUUCCUCGGGCUACUGUUACGCUUACUCUGGAACAUUCCGAUACCUCCCGAACCUUCGAAGACACGUUCGUGAGCUCGAUUGAUGCCGGUUGUGAGGGAUUCCUGGUGCUGGAGGACGCUCUGUUUCCAUUUUUGGAUCAUUUCCGUUCGGCACAUGAAGCUGCUUCCUUUCGGGCUCCCAACAAGCGUAUCGUGGCCAUCACCCGGCUGGGUGCAUCCGAACGGGAACGAAUGCUACAGCACGAUACGAUGGAAGUUACUCCCAACAUUUUGCUCGUGAAUCCGGACGCAUCAUCCGGUACGAUCGAACUGUACACUACCGAGCUGUCACCUGCCGAACCUCGUGGAAUAUUAGCAAACCUGACACUAAUCGAUCGUAUCCGUGUGGAUGCGGACGAGGUAUUGCUGCCCGAUUCCAUAAGGAAAUUUCCCGACAAGUUAACCGACAUGCAGGGUAGACGUGUCCGGUUGUCCACCUUACCGUACCCACCAUGUACCGUGGCGAAUGAAGUGCCACCUGGACAAGGAAAUGCUCGCAGCACAGUUCCGGCGAACUAUUCGCUACAGGCGGACGGGACAGAAAUAUUGAUGGUACUGGAACUAUGCCGUCGCCACAACUGUACGCUGGAGAUUGAACUUGUCGCGAAUUCGGAAUGGGGUCAGGUGUAUCCGAAUGGUUCAUCGGAUGGCUUAAUAGGCUCGCUGAUCGAUCGACGAUCCGAUGUGGCGAUGGCAGCAAUCUAUCGUUGGUACAACUGGUACAAGUACGUGACGAUGUCAGCCUACACCGGAAGAUCGGGAGCGUCUUGCUUAGUGCCACGGCCCCGUCUCCUACCCUUUUGGCAGACACCUUUUCUAUCCUUCCCGCCCAGCCUUUGGCUAAUGGUUUGCGUAUCGUUUUGUGUAGGAACAACGGCCGUGUUCCUAACCGAACGCGCUCGGCAGUAUGUUCGACCGGGACGCGAAUCCUCCGAACGAUACCAACUGCCGGACGCCAUAUUUUUCAUGCUUAGCCUAUACGUAGAACAGUCCGUUUCGUUACCGAACGACAUGAUGGCAGGAUCGAUUCUGCUCUCCUUUCUGCUCUUCGGUGGGUUUAUGGUAGGUAAUAGCUACGCCGGUGCGCUUGCCAGCGUCAUGACCAUACCACGUUACGAAAAGUCCAUCGACACACGGGCUGACUUUGCAGCGAGCGGUAUGAAAUGGUCCGGGCCGACGAUUGCGUGGAUGAACUCCUUACUGAUGGCAGAACAGCCGGAGCUGGUAACGAUAAGAAACAGGUACGAGGUUCACGAUGGUGAUACGCUGGCCAGAUUUUCUCACACCCGGCGAGAUAUGGGUUACGUGCACGAGCGGCUCCAGUACGGCAGCUAUGCGCUCGAAUCCUUCAUCAACAUCAACGCCACACGCUUGCUGCAGCCACUGAAGGAAGAUGUGUUUUGGGAGCAAAUAAUAACGGCUUGCAGUAAAACCUGGCCGCUGAUGGGGCUGUACGAUGAUUUAAUAUUGCGCGUUCAGCAGAAUGGUAUUUUACGAUACUGGGAGCUAGGGGUAAGUGCUUGGCCGUGCGAAAGUGUGCGUAUGUUGUGUAACUUCCUGUACCUUUUUCAGAGCGUUAUUCGGAACAUGGGACUUGAAAUUCAACGCAAUCUAGCAAAUGCCCGGGUACAUGAUGCGGAUCACGAACCGGUGAAGCUGCUGAUAGCACAUUUUCUUGGUGUAUUUUUCAUUCUGUUUGUGGGGCUAACGCUGGCAACCGUUGCUUUUAUUGGUGAGCACGUGGUUUUCCGGGCUAAAAAAAGGACGUGCUAGUGGAAUGGAUUCCUAGGGGCAGUGGAGUGGAGGCAAUAGGUGUCUUUAACCGUUUGCUAACUCGAGGAUUGCAAUCGCAAUUAUUGUGCUACCGACGACUGCUCUCAGCCUACUUCGGCCACCCAUUAAUUUGUGGUCUUGAAGUGCAUCAGCAACUGAGGAUGAAAUCUAGAUAGAGGAUUCUCGUCUGGACAAUGAGAAAUAUCCUCUACAAGAUUUCAACUGACAUAAGAAUCUCUCAAGUCAAUAUGUCAGUCACUAUCUGAGUACCUCACGCAUACCUUCUGCAGCCAGGACGGAGAAUAAACUGGCUUUCAAGACCCUGAAUGGACU